AUGACACCUCAACAAAAUGGCACAACCUCCAUUGAGGUUUCAGACUUUCUCCUGAAUUGUUUUGUCAGGUCCCCCACCUGGCAGCUCUGGCUAUCCCUGCCCCUCAGCCUCCUCUUCCUCCUGGCCAUGGGGGCCAAUGCCACCCUCCUCAUCACCAUCCACCUGGAGGCCUCCCUGCACGAGCCCAUGUACUACCUGCUUAGCUUCCUCUCACUGCUGGAUAUUGUGCUCUGUCUCACUGUCAUCCCCAAGGUCCUGGCCAUCUUCUGGUUUGACCUCAGGUCCAUCAGCUCCUUUGUCUGCUUCCUACAGAUGUAUAUCAUGAAUUGCUUCCUGGCCAUGGAAUCCUGCACAUUCAUGGUCAUGGCUUAUGACCGCUAUGUGGCCAUCUGCCACCCACUGAGAUAUCCAUCUAUCAUUACUGACCAAUUUGUAACCAAGGCUGCCAUUUUUAUUUUGGCCAGGAAUGUCUUUACAACUUUGCCCAUUCCCAUUCUCUCAGCACUACUCUAUUAUUGUGUGAGAAAUGUCAUUGAAAACUGCAUCUGUGCCAACAUGUCUGUCUCAAAGCUCUCCUGUGAUGAUGUUACCCUCAAUCGCCUCUACCAAUUUGCUGGAGGUUGGACCCUGCUAGGAUCUGACCUCAUCCUCAUUUUCCUCACCUACACCUUCAUACUGUGAGCUGUGCUGAGACUCAAGGCAGAAGGAGCUGUGGCUAAGGCCUUAAGCACAUGUGGCUCCCACUUCAUCCUUAUCCUCUUCUUCAGCACCAUCCUUCUGGUCUUCAUCCUCACUCACGUGGCUAAGAAGAAGGUCUCCCCUGAUGUACCAGUCUUGCUCAAUAUCCUCCACCAUGUCAUCCCUGCAGUUCUCAACCCCAUUGUUUACAGAGUACGAACCCAGGAGAUCAAGCAAGAAAUCCAAAGAUUACUAAAGAAAGGGUGGUAA